AUGGGACAUCACAACUACCAGGAGUGGCCUGGCCAUACGGACUCUAAGAUGGCGACUGCUCCAUUUCAAAACGGCCGAUUCAACGGUAUUCAAUACAGAUAUAUCCAUGCAGAGCCUGAUUCGGGAAAGUCUGUUGGUACUGUUUUCCUCGUCCACGGAUGGCCUGAUUUGGCCUUGGGCUGGGCCAACCAUAUUCCCUUCCUCCUCUCCAAGGGCCUGAGCGUCGUCGCUUUGGACAAGAUUGGAUAUGGUGGAACUGAUUCACCCGAGGAUGUCAAUACCUGGAAGCGCGCUGCAGACGACAUCGCCACACUCGCAAGCCAACUUGGUCUCUCUCGUAUCAUCCUCGGUGGACACGACUUUGGUGGAGCAGUGGUUUAUCGGACCGCCAUCUGGCAUCCAGACCUCGUAGCCGCCUUCUACGUGCUCAACACGCCUUUCGCAGCUCCCACGGCCUCCUUUGUGGACCUCGCAUACGAUUGGCCUGGAUUUAAAUACCAGCAGCAAUUCCGUACAGAUGCCGUUGCGGACUAUGUCGGGCCGGCUGAUGCCCAGAACACAACGCGCAUUCGACAAAUCCUGAACAACGUCUACGGUGUGAUUGGCCCCAAUGGCGAGCAACCCAGCAACGUCACAGACAUCGGAUUCUACUAUGAUCUGCUCGACCUUGUGACUACAGACACGCCGCUUCUCACCAAGGCGCAGAUUGACUUUUAUGUCGAAGAAUACACCAGAAAGCCAAUUAAUCACACGCUCAACGAAUACCGUAACAACAACCUGAAUUGGGAAGAUGAGCGGGUGCUUAUCCCUGACAAUACCACUUACAGCGGCAAGUUCAAGCAACCUGCGCUGUACAUCGCUGCAACCCAGGAUCUCACGCUGCCUCCGUCUCUAUCCGAAGGAAUGAAAACGUACUUUGACAACUUGAGCCGAGGUGAGAUUGACGGCGGGCAUUGGGCAAGGUGGCAGAAGCCUCUCGAGGUUGAGAACUAUGUUGGAAACUGGUUAGCAACCUCGGUGUUUGGAAAUGCUCCCUUGAACCUUACCGCAGGGCUCGGUCUUGGAGCGCCCUGCAUGUAG